GACCAUGGCGGCAAGUGCAAUCUAGAGCGAUGUUAGGACAGGAAGUUCUUGUUUUCGAUAAAUGUUUUGAUCGGCUAAAACUGCUUCAAGUCACGAUUUCGAUGUCAUAGACGCACGAAUUUAAGGGGUUCAACGCCAGUGCUUCUGUUAAAGGUAUUAUAAGGUCGAUGUUUCCUACUGUAGAUCAGACUUAAUAUAUAUGAUUAAGAUAUGGGUUGGUAUUGUGAUUCUGGAGUGGAUUGGUGUUUUUAAAUGAAGCUGCGACACUUUACUUCGCUGUCGCCGUUAUUCUAAACAAAAAUAUGCAGUUAUGUGGUUUUGCUGGCCCAUGGUUAGUCACUUGUUCGCGGUAUGCUAUGCCAUGGUUUAACUUAUUAACCGACUGUAACAUUGCUCAUGUGACUUAAGGAAUUUGUAUUUGAUGUCUACUGUCUCAGCGUAUUAGGGAUAUGAGUUCCUUCAAGGUUGCAAAUACGUCUUGCUGACGAGUGCCAACUAGCACAAAACUUAGGACCAGGGCUCGCUGCCGAUUGCCUCCAACCAUCUAAUAUCAUCAAGUCAGUGUGCACCGUGAUGGCGAGCCACCUAGAAGGGUGGCCACAUUGCAAGCCUGACUGAUAUAAUUCAGUCUGCGCCAAAGAAAGGACUAGACGUAUUACACUAGUUACUUGUUUCCAAUCAAACUAUAAUAGGCGUGUGCAAAUAUGUUCAUGACCCACUAUGAUGUAUCGUUUCGCAACACUAAAAUAAACAGUUGUUUCACUCCAUAAUAGGCAGUCCUUAGAGAUUAUUACGGAAAGAACUAAAUUGUCACAAGUAGUUUUCCUCACCGAAAAUUUAUUGAUCUUACAAUGCCCUUAUAUGUAUGCUGAUAAACGGCAAAGAGGAAGAUGUCUCCCAUGCCUCUUAUGUUACAUUCACAUUCUUGUGUCUGUCGCAAUGAAACAUCUAUUUUAUGGGGCUGAUGACACUGUUUUGCUUUUGAACUUCGACACGACAGUUGCUUUUGAACACAGGAUAAGGUAGCCCAAAUAUAAAUGUAGCCUCUGGUCUGUGGACCAAUUUUCCUUACCUCACAUUAGUGGUAUUCCUAAAAGAUUUAUUUUUAUGCCCGCAACAGGUGGUUUUCCCGAAGAGAUAUUGAAUGAAAUACACUCACAAAAUAUUGUAGUUACGUAAAUUAGAUCACACAGACACAUGUGGUGACUCACUUUUUCUGGCGCUGAAGAUGUUGUCCAUAAGGACGACGAAAGCUUCGCGACUAAACCAACCAGCUCAGAGAACACUAUUAAUUGCAAAAGUCUGUUCUUAUGCUAAUCAGUUUUUGGUUUGUACAUAUUCCCACACGUAAUUAGCCUUACAUUUUCCCUCAGUAAUUUUGUUGCAUGUCAGUCAUAUUGACUCUUUUUCUUGGAUUUACUGGUAAUUUAUUUUCAGCAGUUAGCUGAAAAUAUAAUGAGACUAGGGGUCAUUUUUUAUUUUUUUGCUCUAAUUCAGUGAUACUUUCCUCCCUCAUUGAAAUGUUGGUAGUAUCGUUCGAAUGUAUAUGACAUUGUCAUGUUUCUUCAGAUAUAUCUGCUCAAUUUCUAUUGUUUUCCUUUCAGACUUUUGGGUUGUUUUAGUGUUGCACUACCGCUGAAUUUCCCAAUACAUUUUAUAUGUACAGUGUCUCAGCCUAACAAACUCAAUUGUGUUAGUGGCCGAAGAAAUAUUUCAUCAUGGAUUACUAUGAAGAUGACUUUCCUACGAAAGAAAUAAUACAAAUGGAUGCCCGGGAGACAUCCUGCGUAGGAGAAGAUGAAGAUCAACAAAUAACUUGUGCUGAGUAUCUUAGACAAUAUGAUAUUGCUCAGCUUGCUCAAAUGAUGGCACAUAGUGCUGAAGAAUUUGUGCGUCAUGUCUGGCUCAGAGGCUGGCAAGUAGUUAAUCAUCGUAGUCUUCCUGCAUGGUUACGAGACAAUGAUUUCAUUCUUCAUUAUCACCGUCCUCAGCUGAAUACAUUUUGGGCUUGUUUCAAGUCGAUUUUCAGAGUUCAUACAGAAACUGGAAAUAUCUGGACUCAUUUAUUAGGAUGUGGCAGUUUUUUCGCGAUUGCAGUCUUCAGCUUAGUUCAAUCAGAGGUUUUUAUACAGUGGCAAGAAAAACUUGUAUUUUCUGCAUUCUUUUUUGGUGCAGUUGUCUGCCUUGGAUUUUCAUGUUUAUUUCACACUCUGUCUUGUCAUUCAAAAACUAUUGGGAGACUUUUCAACAGAUUGGACUAUACUGGUAUAGCGUUUCUAAAUAUAGGCUCGUUUAUACCUUACUUAUAUUAUUCCUUUUACUGCAUGCUAUGGGCUAGAUUAUUUUAUAUGGUUCUGGUUGUCGUUCUCGGUACAGCAUCAAUUAUCGUAUCAAUGCAUCCAUCUUUCACUACACCACGUUAUCGUCCACUUCGAGCUGGUGUUUUCAUGGGAUUAGGCCUUUCAGCUCUUAUUCCAUGCAUACAUACAAUAAUAUUAGAGGGAUUCCUUAAUUCCAUUUUUCAAGGCUCUUUAGGUUGGCUUGUUCUUAUGGCAAUUUUGUAUUUAAGUGGAGCAACGAUUUACGCUGUCCGUGUACCUGAAAGAAUAUUUCCUGGACGUUUCGAUAUUUGGUUUCAAAGUCAUCAAAUAUUUCAUGUUUUUGUUGUGGCUGCUGCCUUAGUUCAUUAUCAUGGUUUAGUUAAACUGGCCGAUUAUCGUUUAACUGUCGGUGAUUGUAAACCUGUUGGAUUAAGCUUCUAUACAGAUGAAUUUAAACUUCUUGGGUUGAAUAUAUUCUCAGAAACUGUUUAA